AUGCCUGCAUUUCAAAACCCACAGCUUGUGGGAGGGCAGAAACGCAAGUCAGACGUCCAUGACCCGAACUUGGCCGGCCGUAAAAGACAGGCACUCAGUGAAGGACCAUCGACGGUGGCAACGGGUGAGAACAGCCGGACACCGUAUGAGCAGUAUUGGAUGGUGCAAUGGCGGGCACCUCAAUACAAAAAGCAUAAAACAUGGGAUGGGGACGCGGUGAUGGUCGUCCAGGGUUCCUUCUGCAAGCUCUUCGAUAUGGCCGGGAAAGAGUUGACGUUUGGGAAGGCCCAAGGUAUAGAGGGCCCUCACCAAAUCAUCGAGAGUGCGAACUUCACAGUGGGUACGAAAGAGCUUGAAGUAGACAGGCCCGUAGACCGCGAAGACUUUCUGUCCGGCAGAGUGUUUGGCAAAGGUGCUGGGUCGUGUUCACCGAUACUCGCAAGUACUGGUGCCACAGCCAAGCAGUUUGUGCCCUUGAGGCCGAAGGCGAUGAAUUCAUUCAAGUCUCCCUCGGUCCUCUCCAAAUUUGCAUCUCAGAAGCAGGCCAUAGACUUGGAAGCGGUAGAUCUAGUAUCUUCCUCGGAGAAGUCUGCGGUAAAGGCUCAAGUUCAAAAUACAUUCUGGACUGCAAAUUGGCGGAAACCGCAAUCGAAGAAACACAAGACAUGGGAAGGAGAUGCCUUUGUCACGCAUCGAGGUGACAAGAUUACACUAAUAUCGGAUAAAGGUCUCAUUAUGGGGACGAGAAAAUGGGACGGCUUGCCUCUCUAUAGCACCUGGAAAGCUAAUAUUGGUGGCAAAGAGAUAGAACUCGACAUCCAAAUUUCUGAAUCAGAAGUUCCAAGAGUCGCCGGGCGAACUGCUCAGCCUGAGCCAGAUAUCGAGCUGAGUAGUAGUCCACCAUCUUCACUGCGGCCUUCUAUUCUGUUGCAAGCACGGCGUGAGAGCGAGUCCGCACCCGUGAAGGGGGAAUCUUCGUCUACUCCGGAUUCCAAAGGAGCAUUGAAGACAUAUAUCCCCCCGACGUCCUUCUAUGGGCAAGCUGCUCCCAAACAGAAGCCAAAAGGCCCACUACAUGAUCCCGACGCUGAAGGAGCAGUUGUCAUGAAGGCACCUACAAAGGAGCAUGUCGCGAAGUACAACAGGAAGAACUUGCCUGUCGUAGCAGUGGUGAUCGACCCUGUAUUAGCGCGGCACUUGAGGCCGCAUCAAGUGGAAGGUGUCAAAUUCUUGUACGAGUGCGUCAUGGGCCUGCGGAAGCAUGAGGGACAAGGUUGCAUUCUGGCCGAUGAGAUGGGAAUGGGAAAGACCUUGCAGACGAUCGCGUUGGCAUGGACAUUACUGAAACAGAAUCCAUAUGCUGGAGGUAGCCCUGUGGUCGGCAAAAUACUCAUUGUUUGUCCAGUCACUCUAAUUAACAACUGGAAAAACGAAUUCCACAAAUGGCUCGGAAAGGACCGCGUUGGCGUAUUUGUCGGCGACAAGGAUAAGUCUACAAUUAAGCAGUUCAUCAAUUCACGUGUACACCAGGUCCUCGUGAUUGGCUAUGAACGCCUUCGUACGGUGAUCGGCGACUUGGCCUACUGCAAUCCACCUAUCGGUCUCAUCAUCUGUGACGAAGGUCACAGACUGAAGUCGGCUAAUAACAAGACGUCGACCAUGUUCGAAGCCCUACGCACACCUCGUAGGGUCAUCCUCUCUGGUACGCCGAUUCAGAAUGAUUUAGGGGAGUUCCAUGCAAUGGCGGAUUUUUGCAAUCCGGGUCUGCUUGACGACUAUAACACAUUCCGUCGAGUAUAUGAGACGCCGAUCCUGAAGAGUCGUGCACCGGGAUGCUCAGCCAAAGAGACCGAGGUCGGCGAGGCGCGCUCAGCUCAGCUCUCCGCUAUUGCUCGCAGUUUCGUGCUUAGGAGGGAUGCCACGAUUCUUAAGAAGUACUUGCCGCCCAAAUACGAAUACGUGGUUUUUGUCACACCCACCAAGCUACAGCUCUCGAUCUUCAACAAGAUCCUGACGGCCGACAAGUUGGACAACCUCGUUAGGAACUCAACCGCAGAGUCGUUGGCUCUCAUCAGCAUGUUGACGAAGAUCAGCAAUAGUCCGAUCUUGCUCAAGGCAACAUUGGACCAGGCGAAGAAUAAGGCCGACCGGGGUGGAGAUGUCAUCAAACGGAAUGCGAUCGAGGAAGCGAUGCAGUUGAUGCCUUCGGGGGCGCAGGUAGAGGAUGUGUCGCUCAGUGGUAAACUAACCGCUCUGGCAAACCUGCUGCGGUCGCUACGCAAGAACACUGAGGAGAAGUGUAUCAUCGUUUCACACUACACUUCUACGCUGAAUAUCGUAGAAGCAUAUUGUAAGAAGAAAAGUUAUACUUACCACCGCUUGGACGGCCAGACGCCCGCGCCGAAGAGGCAAGAAUACGUGAACGAAUUCAACAAGGCCUCACAGGCAAAACGAUUCCUGUUCCUACUCAGUUCCAAGGCCGGAGGUGUAGGAUUGAACUUGAUUGGUGCAUCUAGGCUGUGUCUGAUUGACUCCGACUGGAAUCCAAGUCAUGACCUACAAUCCAUGGCCCGGAUCCACCGAGACGGACAGAAGCGCCCAGUGUUCAUCUAUCGCUUCCUCACGGCCGGAACAAUCGAUGAGAAAAUAUACCAGCGCCAGGUGACAAAACUUGGGCUAAGUAACUCAUUGAUGGGAAAUGGAACUUCGGAAUCCAAGUCAGAUUCAUUUACUCGUAAAGAUCUCCGGGAUAUCUUCACCGUUCAUCCCUUUACCACCUGCAAUACCCAUGAUCUGUUGGAAUGCCCCUGCAAUGGCUUGACGGGGCCUGUCGAACUAAACGAGAAGCGUAGUGACAGUGGAAGCGAAGAUGGGGACGAGAGCGACAGUGAGGCUCAGACGCGCUUUGUUGUCGCAUCUCAAGUCAAGCCAGAGCAAAUCUCGAAGAUGGACAAAGCGUAUAUGAAGCAGAAGAAAGCACAGCUCGCCGCACUGGGAGAGUGGACACACAUCCACUGCCUCGCGCGCGGUGCUGGAGAGCAGGUACAGGAUGAUAUCCUUCGGGAAAUGCUGUACGCGCCGGAUGGUGAGAAACGACGUGCUUCCUCGUCGUUCCACUCGCUCUUGGACGCGAUCGAUCUACAGAAUGUGUUAGCGGAGAGUGCGCCCCCCAUGACGGUGGACCAGGUCCCAGGAGGCACAAUCUCGUUUCUGUUUGAACGGAGCUCAUCGAAGGCUCCGGGAGAAGGAAGUCAAUCCGACGGGGAUGACGAAGGGUAG